AUGGAAUCCUCUGCAGGGACUGGGACGCCUCAGCCCAAAUACUGCAGUAUGGCCACAACCCUGAAGCCCUCUUCCUGGACUGGCCCUGCUCCUCCCUGGGAACUCUCCUGCACCUGCCCCUUUGCCAUCCAAGCACCCUGGCUCACCCGGCACAACCUCCUCACCAGAUAUGUAUCUUACCAACCAUGUCUCCACAUUGCUGACUCAGCAUGGCAGGGGCCUGGCUGGUUGGGAAGAGUUGGAGAUGCUGCUGACACAUGGGUCCUGGCGAGAAGGGGACCAGAUGGCUUUUAUUACCGGGCUCAGAGAAAGGCUGCUCCAGAGCUGGAGAGACAGGGGGCUCUGCUUGUGGAAUUUGAGGUUCCCCUCAUCACAGACCCAAAGCUGCCAGCCCAGUGGCAGAGCAUGGUCUUAGAAGAGGAUGUCAUUCAGUGCUUGCCACCCAUGGGCUACUCACUGGAACCUGGGGACAAGGUGCUUGCACCCUGGGAGCCAGACCAACAGCGGUACGGCCCUGGCACUGUUCUCUUGGGCUCGGAGGCAAGAGAGCCCCAGCGAGCAUCAAAAGGAGGAGAAAUUACUGUUCACUUUUGGAAUGGCAACACAGCGACCGUGCCUCUAGGCAGGGUUCAGUGGGUGCCCCUGGCUGUCUGGAAGAAGGCUGUGGAGAGGCUGCACAAGCCUUUAAUCCAGGAGCACCCCAGGCCCCUCCUCUGGGCCCCUUGCUGCUCUCUGUGGGGACCAGCCACCGGAUGUGUCACCAGUGGGCCUUCUCUGGGCACUCCAUUCCCAUGUCCUCCCUGUGUCCCCCCCGCCUGCUGCCAACUGCUGUGCCAGGGCUGCCUCUGCUGUUGCUCCCUGGCUGGACCUACCUGGUGGCCUCUAACCAGGACCUCAGGGGGCACAGCCAAAGAAUGUUCGGAGGUGGAACCGAAGCCCCCAACACAGCUUUUGCCCCUAGUGCAUCCUAAAGAAGAUGAAGCUUCCGUGCGAGCUCCCCUGGGUGUUUCUUCCUCCUCCUCUUCAUCUUCUGAAAAGGAUUUGGAGACUGAUCUGCAGAUGGGCCUCCCCCAGAGGCUGAUGGUGGACGGUACAGUCAACACAGACCUCGUCCUUCCUGAGAAGUGUCCAAGGAGGCAGGGUGGCCUCCGCCAGCCUGGGUGGAGAUACUGGAGAAACGGGUCUGAGCCGCAUCCUGGGAAGCUAGGAGCAGGAAAUGGCACCAUCUGGAAAGAAAAGAGGAGCAACAAAGAGCAAAGAGUACAAGCUAUAGUGAUGGGGAAUACCAGGGAGCUGGUCCUGGAAGCAAGUGGCGUGAAGCCACCACAUAUCCUGCCACAAGAUGAACACAGAAAACAAAGUCAGGCAACAGCGACACACCAGAGGAACCAGAAUGCUCUCAGACCAAAAGCCUUGAGGAGCCAGGUAAAAAGCAGGAUGGCUGGGAAGGGGCUCCCUAAGGACUCCUGA